AUGCCAGUUUCAGUUUGCUCAAAAACCCGGAUUUCUCUUGGCCUUUGUAUACGACAGCCACCGGCUUCUUCUUCAAACUUAAAACAUCCGAGCUUCCCACUUGCCUCAACUCUCCUGGUGCUCUUAUAUGAUGCAACUGAGCAUUGGAAUCAUCGGCAAGAACGAAGCCGUCGGAAUAUUCGUUCUACAAGCUACAUCAAUCGCCCAAGGUACAAAAAUGUUGGCGAUAACAAGAGUCGGAGAAAACUGAAGCUUGGAGAAAAGCCGUACGGCUCUUCCAUUUUACUCCACACAGCCAUGGCAAAGACACGUGGAUGGACUCCUCGACCAUGGCAAAAAUCGUAUUAG